UCUUCAAGUGUUUUCCUCUCUUUCUAACUCCUCAUACCAAGUAGUAACUCUCUUUUCUUCCCUGCUUCUUAGCUAUACUCUACCAUCUCUAGACCUCUAAUUUUAAGCAAGAAACAAAAUGGAGGGAAAAGGAUGUCUUGGCAAUUUUUUCCACAGUGCAAAGCCUUACUUUGCCAUGAUUUGCUUGCAAUUUGGUUACGCUGGCAUGAACAUUAUCACAAAAGUGUCCCUUAAUAGAGGGAUGAGCCAUUAUGUCCUUGUGGUUUAUAGACAUGCUUUUGCCACUGCUGCGAUUGCUCCCUUUGCGAUUUUCCUUGAGAGGAAAGUGAGGCCAAAGAUUACAUUUCCAAUUUUCAUGCAGAUUUUUGUUCUAGGACUUCUUGGGCCGGUGAUUGAUCAGAACUUCUACUAUGCUGGGCUCAAAUUUACAUCUCCAACUUUCUCAUGCGCCAUGAGUAACAUGCUCCCUGCAAUGACUUUCGUCAUGGCUGUCCUCUGCAGGAUGGAGAAAGUUCACAUAAAGAAGAUCAGAUGCCAAGCAAAGGUGAUAGGAACUGUAGUCACUGUUGCUGGAGCCAUGUUGAUGACAUUGUACAAAGGUCACGUCAUCAAUCUGGUUUGGUCAGGGCAUGUCCAGCCUCAUUAUUCUUCCGCACCAGCAGCUGCUGCAACCUCUGAUAAAGACUGGAUUAAGGGCUCCAUUCUCCUGAUUCUUGCCACCCUUGCCUGGGCUUCUUUCUUCAUCCUUCAGGCCUUUACAAUGAAAAGAUACACUGCUCCACUGUCCCUUACAUCGCUUGUGUGCUUCAUGGGAACUUUACAAUCUAUUGCUGUCACAUUUGUGAUGGAGCACAAGGCCUCUGUCUGGACAAUUGGUUGGGACAUAAACCUUCUAGCUGCUGCUUAUGCUGGUAUUGUUUCGUCAAGCAUUGCAUACUAUGUUCAAGGCCUAGUGAUGGAAAAAAGAGGGCCAGUCUUUGUGACUGCUUUUAGUCCAUUGAUGAUGAUAAUCGUCGCAAUCAUGGGCUCCUUCAUUUUGGCUGAGAAGAUAUACGUUGGAGGUGUUCUUGGGGCAAUUUUAAUUGUGUUUGGACUUUACUCUGUUCUGUGGGGAAAAUACAAGGAAUACCAAGAGAAAGUAGCAGAUAUUAUUCCUGAACCAGUCAAGGGAGGUGCAGGAAAUAAUAGCCAAAGUGUACUGGCCAUAGAUGAUGAUAUUGAAGCCAACAUUGUGGAAAUGCAGAAAGCUGAAAUCAACAAAUCCGCUGCCCCUGCCAUAGCCAUUAGUGCUCCUGUGCCUCAGCCUCCCAUGAUAGCUCUGGAAGCACCAAAGGUCUAAACAAGAAUGAAGAAGGAAGCUGAAGAGAAAAGGAAGAUGAAAUAGUACGGGAGAGGGUGAGGGAUAAUAGAGAGAAUAGAGAAGCUAAGAACUUGGCGAUGGAAGAGAAGAACAGCUGGGCAUUUUUGGUCCUUUCAGUCUUAACUCUGGUUUCUUUUUUUUUUUUUUUUUUUUUUGCCCUUCUGGUAUUUGCUCUGUUUCUGUACCUCUUUUUCUUUCUUUUUUGCUUCUUCGAGAAAAAGGAGGUUGUAACUUUCAUGUAAGCUGAUAUGUUGUAAGAAAAUUUGAAGAAAUCAAAAGAAGUUUUUGCAA